CAUCUGCAGAGCUGCCUCUGCUGGGGACAAUCAGGUACUCUGGAAGAUUGAGAAGCCUACCUUGCUCCACCCAGUGACUCAGUUGCCACCAACUGUAAAUACUUCCCCUGUAAACAGAGCUUCAGUUGAGUGAAAGCAAACAGGAGAGGAGAGGAAGAGAAGUCUUUUCCACAAUCGCCUUAAAAAUGCACAUAACAGAAGGGCCCAGAACCAAGACUCCAGGAACAGGAAACAGGCCAAUUGGCAGACCAACUCUGCAUUACGAAAACGUCUGCAAAUGUGACAUGGUGGCUGGCAACAUCAACCCCGCCAUGUGGGAAUCCCUUGCAACUGACUGCAGUGCCUGGAGACAGACAGUCAUGUUGUGUAUCCAUAGCAGUGACCAGAGGAAGAAUGGCCGCUGGGAGGAGUGCAGAAAGAGCAAACACCAUGGUGCAUCUGCAGCAGCACAACCAAGCACCUACAUCUGCCCCAGCUGCAACAAAACAUGUCUCUCCUGUAUCAGUCUCUACAGCCACAACAGGUGCUGUAACUAUUCAGCAAUUUGACUUCACCCCCCAAAGGCACACUCCUCCAUUGUCUCCCGAAACAGAUGGAUGCCAGCAAUGGCAACAAAUGUUGUGGUGUUUUUUCACUAUCUGGAGCACUGUAUUUUAAAGUAGAGUGUUGCUCUAUCUUCACUUUCUGAUUAAAGGUUUAUGCAUACUGUUAUAAUGGUGUCAUUUCAAAUGUUUCCUCUUCUUUUUGGAAUAAUAGAAUCAUAGAAUUGUAGAGUUGGAACGGGCCCCCAAGGGUCAUCUAGUCCAACCCCCUGCAAUGCAGGAAUCUCAACACAUGGUGCCCACAUCCAAUUUGAAACCAGACCAGACCCUGCUUAGCUUUGCAAAUGUGCUAGCAGUUUUAUAUUGUUGCUUUUAAGUCUGCAAAGCCAUAUCUUGUGUGUAAUAUUUUUUGUGUGUGUGUAAUAUUAUUCAUACGAGUUUUUUAUGCACCCAAGAUAGUGUUCACAUUGCAUCUGAAGCACAAGAUUAAACACACACUCACACACCCUGCCCAGCCUUCUUAUUACACACAUGGAUGGGACUGUUAUAUAUGGAAAGAAAGAAAAAGCCAUCCUCAAAACACACCAAAACUUAAAUGAGCAUUAAAAAAUUACCUCACAAGAAUUGCAAGUAUCCAAAUCUUUCAAAUCUGAAACCUGAAGAAAAAACAGAGACAAGCCAUUUAUCAAUCUCAGCAGAAUAUCUUCCCCACUGUGUGGAAAGUGUCAUUAUAUGCUUUUCAGAGUGGCCAUUUUAGUCUCUUACAGAAAAAACAACAACUCAUUUUAUUGCACCUUAAAGACUAAGCAAACUAUUAAAGAUACGACUUCAGGUGCAUCUGAUGAAGUGGAUUGAAGUCUAGAAAAAUUUAUGACAUAAUUUGUUAAGGUGCCACGGGACUCUGUUAUUACAUGAUUUACCUGUGACUAUGAUAUGAUGCCUCCAAAAUGUAGUACUUCAGCAUAUUUUUUUGUGGAGCCAUCCUGUCUUAACUGAGGCGUUCUGAGCUCUGGCUACCAUCAGCGCCUGUUAAAGUAUCCAUGAAUGAUUCCAGAUGAGGCUUUCCUUCUGCAAACCAAUGAUAUCUUGCUCCUGGGUGUUGCAGAGCUCUGUGUGAGGCUUGUAGACCUCAGCGUCAUACAUUGCUGCCUUGGUUUUUGAUUUUGUUUCAGAGCAUGAGCUUCUAGAGGAACUGCUGACUUACGAUGACCUCUUUCUGGAAACAUUCAAUGCUUUUCUGGCUAUGCCUGCUUUCCCUCUUAGACUGCACUAUGACCGGCUGACAGGACGACUGCAGGAGCUGGAUGGCUUCCUCUUGCCAAUUGGGUCCAAUUCCCUUUGCUAUGGAGCAACCGAUACAGAGAGGGAAAGGGCCCUGAGCUGGUUAGCGCAGGAGCGCUUCCUCCCAUUUCAAAGGACUCUCUUUUACCUGGAGUAUAAACUGGCAAAGCUGUUGCUGUGUCCUCUGGAUGAGAAGUACCCAGGGAGUCGCUAUGCAAUUCGUGGGUUCAGUCGCCAGUCUGACAGCACUGCCAUCUCCAGCAUCCCCAGCCAUUCAUCAACAGAGCGGCAGCCCACUGGAGUCCCAAGCCACGUGCUGCUAAGACUUCCUAGCCAAACACGCAGUACUCCGGCCUGCCUAGGACAUUUUGUAAGAUCAUCUGGCCAAACCUCCACUGAGAUAUCUUUGGAGUUCCCAGGUAUCUUGAGUUUAGCUCAAUCUCCAGCCCCAGAACAUCUGAGCAGGCUCCAGCUUCAGAGACUCUUGUCUGACUCCAGCAUACAAAGAGCAACUGGAAGGCUCAGAAGUGGCUGGACCAAUGCUGGUGAGCCAGUGGUAACUCCAAUUCAUCUAAGCAGAGCUGCUUUUGCCUCCUCGCCUGAUCAAGAAUUCACUGGACUUCACACGGAUGGUUGUCGGAAGCCAUUUUCAGGUCCUAGGAAGGUUUUGCAGUUUGAUUUGAAUGAGACAAGUAACUCCCAGUCCCAGGAAGGGGAGGUGGACACUUUUCUUUCGCCUUGCUUUGGAAGCGCCGCUCUGCAGCAGCUAAAAGAAGAGAUCCUAGGGACUAGGGCUGGCAUGGACAGCUUCAGGGAGUUCCUCCAAGGCACACUGGGAAUCCACCUCCUUGACUUCUGGAUUGACUGUGAGGACAUUAUGGAGCACACCACACGCCUGGAGAAGGCCAGAACUGCAUCCCAGGAGAUCCAGCUGUUCUUUUUCAGCGCUCUUCGGAGCAUUCAAGCCAAGUACAAGCUGAUGCUUCCUCCUGCCUGUCGGCAGCAACGUGAUGAAACUUCAAGCCCUGAGGAGACUGCUUUUGCUGCCUUGAGCAGAAACCAAUAUGAUGCUUUGAGGCGCCUGCGCUCCUACUGGGUCCCCCGGUUUCUCAUUCACCACCAGAGGACCAGGCAGCUCAGUUCAGGCUUCCCAAUCGACAAGGAGCUCUUCCCGAGUACUGACUUCCUGUCCUCUCUUAACAUGGCGGCAUCACUUCCUGUUGUGGAUGACCAAAGGGACACAAUGAGAAAUGAAGACUCGAGAAUGCAAUUUAGGAGGAACAAAAAAAGUGGAAUUGGUCCAACCAAGCAGUUGGACCUCCCAGCAGACCCCUCUGAAACACUGACGACCACCCGAUUUCUCCAGGUAUUGAUGUGUGACAUGGGGGAUGGUGACGGCUUUCUUCACUACUUGACUCGGUUUGAGGAUCCUCAGAAGACCCAUAACCUGUUGCUGUGGAGGAAGCUGAAGCUCUAUGAGGCUGCAUGGGCGCAGGAGGCAAGCCAGUCAGAAAUUCGCCAUACUGCUUGGCAGAUUUUUCAGACAUUUAUGGCGUCUUAUGCGGGAUGCAACACAGGGCUUAGCUCUCUUAUACUGGAAUACAUCCAGCAUCUUGAGAGGAUGCUUUCCUUUGGCAGUGAAGACCUGAAGCCUUCCACUUUUGAACCAGUGGUUCCCUAUGUUCUGGCUGUUCUGGAUGAGAUGUGGCUCCAUUAUCUUCGCCAUGAAGUCACAACUUUCCUUGAAUGCUGUGUACCGGAAUCACAUGACAGUGACCAAAGUAUCAUGAGUGAAGGCGAUAGAGUAAAACAGGAGGGAAACGAGAGGAUAAAGAAACAGAGGCAGAAUGCCUGGCCACAUCGUGACCGAAAAGGCAGAGGGAGACACAGGAAAAGGAGCAGGAAGAAGGCAGCCGUGACGUCUCACUGCACAGGAAGUGCUGCUGAGCAAGAGACAACUGGAGAGAGGUCACCAAGCCCACAAGAUGCGCCUACGCCUCAAAAUGCACCCGACCUGCUCAGCAAUGCCGUUGUUUUAAACGUUUAUAGGAAGAUGGCUCAUAAAACUCAGGAUGUGGCACUGCAAAGGAUUCUGGGACUGCUCCAGGAAGUGGAGGCUUGUCAGGAUGCUGCCCAGAGUGAAAAGCGCCUGGGUUGUGUGACGAGGCUUCUAGAGAUCUGGGACAAGCCGGGGGCUGUGGGAUCAAGUGCCUGCUUCCCAGAAGAGCUGAAGAGGAGGUUAAAGAAAGAGGUAGCCCAGGGAGGGAUAAGUGACUCUAGCUGGAAGGAAACCCGACUUGCUUUGCGUUCCUUUCUGGCCCCUUCUUUUGAGCAGUUCUGGGAUGAAGUGAGUGAGGGGCUGAGGAAGCAUGGGGUGCAGCCCUCCGAGAUCCCAGAGGAGCGCUGGGGGAAGCUGGAACCAUUCCUACACUCCAUUGCCGCCAAAGUGGCUCUCAGGCGUUUAAAGAGCCGGAAAGCUCGCGUUGGAUCAGCAGCCACAGCUCAGCCUGCUAAGGGGGACAAGACCUCUUUCUGGCAGUCCCUACGGAAAGCAGCAGAGGGCUGGCCCACCAUCGAGAUGCUCCAUUUCCUCAAACACCUCCAGGAGCAUGGCCCCCCUGUGCUGGAGAGUGGCCUUCAUUUUCUACUGGAGGUGCAGAAGUUCAAGAACGCCCACCACGCCUGGCCUGACAUGGCUCUUCUGAAGAAGAAAGUCCAUGUGAUACGUGACUGUUUCCUCAACUCUCAGAUUGAGCCCCGGCUACAGGUUGCAGUGGAUAAUCGGAGGCUGGGGAGAGCUAUCUGGGCAGCUGAACAAGCAGUCCAGGAAGAGAUUCCAGUACCGCCUCCAAGCUUGUUUGAUGAGUUGAAGGAUUCAGUCUUUAAUAUUCUGCUGCCGUACUGGGCCGCUUUCCAAAAACACUGGCUCAAGCAGUCCCCUGCGAGCGCACAAAAAGCCCCAGUGUUGAGAAAUCAGCUCCUCCUCCAGAAGAGGCGGGCCAUGCUCGAAAAGGUGCAAGGGCCACCAACACAGCUUCUUCAACUGCCACCGCUCCAGCGGCCCAGGGAAGUCCAGCAAAGCAGGGGUCAGGAGGGUUUUACUUACACCUUCUCCAUCAGCAAAGGCCUCAUGCUACAGGUCAGUAUGCGCCAUUGCACUCUUUACCGUUUCCUAGGAUUCAGUGGCUUAGAAUUAUGGGCGAGGAGUGAAAGUACAAACCAAUCUGGCAAGAGUGUUGGCUUUUCCCUGCUAAGUGACACAGGCUGAUAUUCCCCAAGCUGCUUCUCAUCUAAAAGUAGUUUCUCCUCUGCAGCCACUCAGAGCAUCGCAAGACAAAGCUAUCACCAAAUCUGGUACAGCCAAGAAUUGUGAUAACAGCUCCUGGGUGUUGCACAGACAACCCUAACCAGCACAUUCUGUUGCUGUAGCUGAGAGUUAUGCUGCCACCAACUUAAGCUUUUUUUCUUUCUUUUUCACCCAGAUGACUAUGCCUGGGAGCCUGUUGCAAAUGCAGUCUCUGGUUUGUUUCCACGCUCAAAGGGUGCAUAUACAUGCCAACAAUAGAUAUAAUAAUGGUAGUAUUUGUUGCCUUUGGGAUUAAAUAGAAUGUAACAGAAUAGCCGAAAAUGUAAACAGUUCAUUGCAGGUUUUAUACAGUACAGUAUGUGUAUGGCAGAAUGGCAGCAAAAGCAAGAAAUUACAACAAGCAGUCUUGGAAGCAAUGUAUAGGACCACUUGCUGGAAAGUUUAUCUGUGAAUAUGUCACUAUUCAGGGAAGAUUUUUAGUCCCAUGAGCCUACACUAGAGAGCAGGAGCAGAUGAAUUGAUAAUCUCUCAGAAUGACUACUCUUUGUUGUUUUUUCU